AAUAAAGUUAAUAAUUUUUUAAAUAUAUGUAUGAUAUAAAAAGAAAAGAUGAACAAAAAAAUAGUUGCAAUAUUAAGUUAUAAUGAAUUAGGUUUAUGUAUAAAUUUGAUAAAAAAUGGAUUAAAACAGAUAUUAUGGAGAUUAUAUUGAAAAGUAAUGGGGAGUAUAUUUUUUGAAAGCAUUUAUUGAAUAAUAUAUAAUAUGUAUGAUGUGAUAUAAAAAAGAGAAGUGAAGUGGCAUAGAUGUGAGUUUGUAAUGAUAGCAUUGUAAUUGUAUUUAUAAAUAUUUAAGAAAUAGAUAUGGAUUAGAUUUAGAAGGGAGAGUAUAGAUAGAAAUAACAAAAAAUGAAAGCAAUUAAGAUAAUUAAAUGGAUUUAAAAAAAUUUAAAUAAUAAUUUAUUAAAAUAUUUAUGAGACAAGCCCAAACAAAGAAAUCGUUUAAUAUAUCUGAUUCUUCGUAUUACAUUUCUUUAGUAUGCAUAAUUACAUUUGAAAUAUACUCGUUAUAUAGAUAUUGGUUAAUUUGCAAAUCAAAUGAGAUUGUUGGGACUGAAGAAGGUAUAUGGAUAGAAUAAUUAUAGGGUUCUUUGGGAUAUAAAGAGAUCAUUCAGACUCUUAAUGGGGGAAAUUUGCAAGUAAUAUGAGAGAAUUGAUGAUUUUUCAAGUAAUUUUUUUAUUGGGGUCUUAUACAGUGAAAUAUAAUAGUAAGUUAGAGAGUAGAUAUAAAAAUUUAUAAUAUUAUAAUAUGUUAGUUGGAUUAGGAUAUGCAUUUUAUUUACAUAAUAUUAGAAUGAUAUUUUAGAUGAGUAUCAUAGUAGGUUUUUAUAUAUUUUAGAAAGUAAUACAUUUUAUAUAUAAAAAUAAUAGAUAUGUUACAAAAUGAAAUAUUUUAUACCAGCUUUAUGGAGUUUGGCUAUAAUAACAUUAUGGUUAAAUGAAAAAUUUAAUGGAUAUGAUUUUUAAAUGUUUUCUAAGUCAUUAUAAUUUUUAGAUGAAUUAAGAAAAGAGAAUGAAUUAGUAGGUUGGAAUUUAGUAUUUAAUAUGAUUUUGUUAAGAAUAAUAAGUUUCUCAAUUGAUAAAGUUUGGGCUUCUCAAUAAUCAAAAUAUAGUAAUGAGAAAGCAGAUUUAAUAAAAACUUAUAGAGAUCGUGUAGAAGAGAAUUAACCUUUAGAGGAAUAUAAUUUUAUAGGAUAUUUAAGUUUUCUAUUUUAUGUACCUCUUCUCUUUUCAGGUCCAUCUAUUGGUUAUAAUGCAUUUAAUUCUCAAUUAAAAACACCUUAGUAAAGUAUGAAUCGAGCAUAAGUGUUGAAAUAUAUUUUAAGAGUAUAUUUUUUAGACUUUUUAACAUUUGAAAUAUUUUUACAUGUUUGUUAUCCAAAUGCAAUACCAAAAAUGAAUGAAAAUUUACAUAUUUUAUAAACUUUUAGUGCUUAUGAAUUUCACAUAAUGUGUGUAAUGAAUUUAAUAUUUUUAUGGUACAAAUUUUUAACAAUAUGGAGAAUUGCUAGAGGAUGGGCAUUAUUAGAUGGUAAUAUUAAUAAAUAUUAUUAUAUAGGUAUUGAAACACCUGAAAAUAUGAAUAGAUGUUUAUAUAAUAGUUAUAAUUUUAGUGGAUUUUGGAGAUCUUGGCAUAGAAGUUUUAAUUAAUGGUUAAUUAGAUAUAUUUAUGUACCAUUAGGAGGUACUAAAUAUAAAUCAUUAAAUAUGUGGGUUGUAUUUUCAUUUGUAGCAUUAUGGCAUGAUUUUUAAUUAAAUUUAUUAUUAUGGGCUUGGAUUAUAUGUUUAGCAUUAAUACCUGAAAUUGCUUUAUAAAAAUAUUUUGAUAAAGAAUACUUUUAUAAAAAAUGGUGGUUUGUUUAUUUAUGUUAAUUAGGAGGAGGCUUCUAAAUAUAAAUGAUGUGUUUAGCUAAUUUAAUAGGUUUUGGAAAUGGAUAUGAAGGCAUGACUCUUGUUUUCUAAAAAUUUAUGAGUUUAGAAGGAUUAAUUUGUUUUCUCUUCUAUUGUAUUGUUAGAAAUGGAUGGAUAACAACUAUUUAAUUUAGAAUCAGAGAUGAUGAAAAUGCAGAAUCAAAUGACAAGCGAUUUUGAUAUCCAG